AAAAAAAAUUGAACAAUCUUAUAUACAUUACUAGAAUCAGAUGCGGAUCAUCUCAUGAUUGAAAUCAUCAAGAAAACCUCAUUCCCCGGCUGUUCUUCUCACCAAAAAUACUGGAAGAUGUUUGGUUCAGUAAAGCCAAAAGCCCCGUCUACGAUGCAGCUUGGUAGCAGGGAACGGCAGACGCCAAGCAGGUAGAUCCUCUCACCCAGAACGAAGAGGACCUCUGCAGACUCUCAAGUACAUGCAACAACCCUGGUAAUUCCACCUUCUCCAUGGGCAGAUAAAACUUUCUGGGCACUGUGGGAGGACAGUGGACAGCGGAGGUGGGAGAGGAUGGAUUAAUGUCUGCAACCACCAGUGUGUCAUUCACACUCGUGCAUACAACAUUUACAUCUCUGCUAUUUAUCCUUCAUCAUUUCUCCAUCUCUUUCUCUAUCCAUCUUUCUCUCUGUCUGCCAUUCUAACUCCCCCAUAAAGAUUCCACAUCUUCUUGGCUUCGCUGUAACAUCCUGCAACUCGUGCGUGGCAUGCACCGAUUCUCCUUCGAUGGAGUUAUAGAGAGCCCCCUGCGAUCAGCUUAAGCGCAUCUUCUUCCUCCUCCUCUGCAGGUUAUAGCGUCGGAGUGAGAUGGGUCGGUCUCCGUGCUGCGAGAAGGUGGGGUUGAAGAAGGGGCCGUGGACUCCGGAGGAGGACCAGAAGCUGCUCGCCUACAUCGAGAAGCACGGGAAUGGGAGCUGGCGAGCGCUGCCUGCCAAAGCCGGGCUGCAGAGGUGCGGGAAGAGCUGCAGGUUGAGGUGGACGAAUUACCUGCGACCUGACAUCAAGAGGGGAGAGUUCAGCCUGCAGGAGGAGCAGACCAUCAUUCAACUCCAUGCCCUCCUUGGAAACAGAUGGUCUGCGAUUGCCACCCACCUGCCCAAGAGAACAGACAACGAGAUCAAGAACUACUGGAACACCCACCUGAAGAAGCGGCUGGCUAAGAUGGGCAUCGAUCCCUGCACCCACAAGGCCAAGAGCGACACCCUCAGCUCCGGCGACGGACACCUCAAGAGCGUUGCCAACCUCAGCCACAUGGCCCAGUGGGAGAGCGCACGCCUGGAGGCCGAGGCGCGGCUCGCGAGGGAGUCGAAGUUCCGUGCGGCGUCCAAUUCCAUGAUUCUGCAGCAGCAACAGCAACAGAAGGGAUCGUCGUCGUCGUCGUCCUCGACCGUCCCGCCGCCACCUGCUCCGCUCACCACCAAGGCCAGCGGACUCGACAUCCUCAGGGCAUGGCCGGGGGCUAACCAAGGCGACAGGAUCGACCUGGAGUCGCCCACUUCCACCUUGAGCUUCGCGGCAGCCGGCGUCGGGUUUGUGGACGCCGGCGCCGGCGCCGCAUCCGCCGCCAGCCAUCAAGGAGGCGUGAAUUUGGAGCCGGAGAGAGCGGAGUGGAGGAGCUUGGCGAAGGAUAGAGUGGACAGCUUCACAGGCUUCUCCAUGGAAGCCGCAUUCGACGGGGAGGCGCCAUGGCUGUCGGAGCCAUACUGGGGACAGUCCGGCGCAGGAUUCACCGGACUGCUCCUGGGUGACUCAGCGGCGCAGAAGGCCUCGGACUGCCGCGGUGAUUCAUACGCAAAUGGACCUGAGACCUGCGCCCAAGAGGAGGCAGAGGAAGAAGAAGAAGAAGAGGAGGAGGAGGAAUUGGAAGGAGAGGAGGAGAGCAAGAACUACUGGAACAGCAUCCUCAACUCGGUCAACUCCUCGUCCUCUUCCAACUCGCCACCACUGUUCUACGACUGAGCUCGCAGCGCAAGCUUUUCUACGUAAAAUGUUAACGCACGUCUACUGCAGUGGCGAUGGCGCUCUGCAACAAUAAGAAAGAAGUAUAAGAAUAAGAAUGGGUGGUGAUGUGAAUAUAUCGUCUUGCGAUCUCCUCUUCUCUUCUCUCCUUAGAUUUGUUGUCAUGGGAAUUGUAAUGUUUGAAGCACAUAUA